GAAAAAACGGGAAAUCAUUCAAUCGAUAUUUUCGUGCAAUAAUUUUCAUAAAUUACCCGUCAAAUGUUCUAAAUCGAGGAAUCAUAUCAAACUAUCUAUGUAGGUGCUAUCUGAUAGAUGAACAACAAUGUGAACACCAACUACUCUGACCAAUUCAGCUAACAGAUAUUGAGCCAUGAAUCAAGCUAGUAAUCUUGUGGUUCCCAUGGUUCUGUGGGGACCACAUGCACCCACACAUUGUAUUUCUGCCAUUCAUAUGACAAGUGAUCUGCAAAUUAUUGUCACUGGAUCUAACGAUGGACAGAUUUGUGUUUGGGAUGUUUUACCCAAUUGGCAGAUAUUUCCAAGGAGCAUGUUAUUUGGCCACAGUGCAUCUAUAAGCUGUCUUACUAAAGCGAGUAACAACCCAGAUAGACAUUUAUUCAUUAGCAGUGCUGAUAAUGGGGAGAUGUGUCUAUGGGAUAUUAGCGAUGGCAGAUGUAUAGAACACACCAAACAUUCAACGAUUCACACAUCUAUUGAGGCCUACCAGUUUUCCAACGCACGAGAUAUCAAACUUGUUUGCAAUGGCUACUACCCAGAGAUCCAUGUAAUUGAUCCUCUAAGUCUGGAAAUCUUGUUUUCACUCUCAUCAAGAGUGGCUCCUGAUUGGAUAAGUGCUCUCUGUAUACUUCGACCAAUCAAACGCCAAGAUGAUGUGGUUGUUGCAAUAUCUAAUUCUGGAACAGUCAAAGUGUGGACACUCAAUGGCACAGAAUCAAAGGCUAGUCAACCAAUAUAUGAGGAUGAGUCAAAGCAGAUCAGGUGUCUGAAUGCCCACACUCUGCGUUGUUGUGCUUACAACCAACGUACUGUACUCAUAGUCUGCUCCAAGUAUUGGCAGAUUUACGAUGCGGGAGACUUCUCCCUGUUGUGUUCUGAGUCUAACCGCUGCGGGGAGAGGUGGCUGGGGGGAGAGUUCAUUGGAGUAGACCGUGUCGUUGUAUGGGGAAACAAUGGAAAAGGCUACAUGUACAAACUUCCAACUAACCUUCUGAAAGGGAGUAUCCUAGAAAGUGCCAAUUCUGAAAACCCACAGUACCACACAAAGAUGGGGGCACAAGUCACCCUGCAAGCCCCCCAGGCCUACAGUAUUUUAAGUCUGCAGUCUGAGAGACAUCUUAGCUGCUCCCCAACCAUGAUGUACCUAUUGGGGACUAGAGACCAGCAUCGCAAAAUUCUAGUGCGUGGAGAUUCUGAAGCCCAAUUAGUCGUCUGGGAGAUUCCAGAGGUGGAUGAGAAGUCAAUGAAAUUAGUCCGUCAAGAAAGCUUUGAGAAACUACCAGUGGUGCCUCCAAGAAGUAAUGUGUCACUAGAGGAAGUAUGGACUAGUUCCUCAUCAACUCCUGGCAUUAUAGAUCAUGUGUCAAAGUGUAAUGAUCGCAGUGAGCAGAUCACAGCCACAGUUUACAUUCCAUCACAGGGCAAGUUUGUUGUUGGCAGAGAGGACGGUAGCAUUGUCAUAGUGCCUGCCACUCAUACUAUCAUACUGCAACUACUAGACUAUAAACAACCAAAAACUAAAGACUUUGCAAGUUAUCGAACUCUAUAUGGUCAUGAGGGUCGGGUGAACUGUUUGCUUUAUCCUCACAAUGACAACAGCCGAUAUGAGGCAGAAUAUCUCAUCUCCGGGGGAAUAGAUUUCUGUUUAAUAUUAUGGGAUGUAAAUACUGGAAAUCGACUUCACACAUUCACAAUCCACGGAGGAGAAAUAUUGCAGUUAUUUGUGCCACCACCUACAUGUAAUACUCGAGUCUUGCCAUGUAUAUGUUCAGUUGCCAGUGAUCACUCAGUCGCACUAGUCAGUUUAAAGGAGAGGAAGUGUAUCAUGUUGGCAGCUCGACAGCUUUUCCCUGUUGUCACUGUGAAAUGGCGGCCGCACGAUGACUUUCUGAUACUGGGCUGUACAGAUGGCACUGUCUAUGUAUGGCAGAUGGAAACAGGUCACCUAGACAGGGUCGUUCAUGGGGUGCUUGCUGAAGAUAUUAUUGCAGCUUGUGGAGAAAACCAAGAUGAAGUCAUAGAGAAACUAGCAAAUCCUUCUAUCAGUAUUGCCCAGGCUUUUAAACGACGUAACUUAGCAACAUUCCAGAACCUGGCAAAGCAACGUAUCCAACAAAUGCAGAGUGCUGUGCAGAAUGCCAAUGUGCACCCAGGCAUCAUGCAGAAGGCACAGUCAUACCCUCUGCUUAUACAGGGUGUCAGGUGCAAUACUAAAGACCCAGAUGCUCAUGUUAUGUUCUUUGACAUUGAAGCUCUAAUAGUGCAAUUACUAAGUGACCAGUAUAAUAAUAUGUCCCCUUCUACAUUAGAGGCUCAUGGAUUCUUUGCUACUGAAAAAGCAAAAAAUCAAGAUGGUUUGGAUGAGGCACAACGAAAGAUAGCAGGUUUUAUUGCCAAAGUAAAAGAUAAAGCUGAAAAUGUUGGUCAGAAAAUCCAACAAAAAGCUGAGAGUGCUGGGCUGAAACCCAGUGGGUCCCCCCUUCUCACCCCCAAAGGGACCCCCACUCAUGGGGCUCAGAAUGGAGAGAAGGGAAAGAAGCCCAAAGGAACAUUGGUAAUCAGUAGUCAAGAUAUUACCUUGGAGACAGCCCAGUUGCUGAUGAGCUGUCUGCAUGCCUGGGGACUUGACCUGGACUUGGACCGCCUCUGUGCAAAUAAGCUAGGUCUUAUUAGACCUAAAUGUCCAGUGUCAUUUGGUCUUUUGUCACGAGGGGGUCACAUGUGCCUAAUGAUGCCCAGCUGGCAUAAACACCUCAUCGCAAAAACUCUAGCAACAAUAAAUGCAGUACCUCAACCAUUCCCACAUACGGAACAAGAAACCCAUUUGUUUACAACCAAGUGUCACUGGCAGCUCUCUAGCUCUACAACCACCCAACACCUUCUCACUGUGAUAUCUAUUGCUAAUACCCUCAUGGGUAUGACCAAUGCCUCACUUGUUACACAAGGAAAGAUAGUUAGGAGGAGUCUAGAACCCACUAGUAUGUUGGUGACAGAGUCCACUAGUUCAGGCACAGACAGUGACAAUGAGAUGGACAAUGACUGUAAGAGUGUCUACCAGGCACAGAUCAAACAAGGCUGGAGUCUACUAGCAGCCCUACACUGUGUGCUAUUGCCUGACCUGGUAGGGAGGAGUGAAUAUAAACCCCCAGAGCUACAAAUGCUUGCCAGACGCUGGCAGGAUAGGUGCCUAGAGAUCCGAGAGGCUGGACAAGCUCUCCUGCUGGGAGAACUGCGUAGGAUUGGUCCAGAGGGGAGGAAAAGGGUGAUCGACACAUGGGCCCCAUUCCUUCCCAGCUAUGUUGAUCCUAAUCUAAGCAUCCUUAGUGAGAACCAGGCAACCACAGAGACAGAGGAGCAUACUGACGAUGAUGAUGAUCAGAUGCUUACAACUGAUGCUCCAAUAAGAAAACUGACGUCGUCAUUUGAGAGUCGUCGACGUCAAGCAACCGCAAUUGUGAUGCUGGGCGUUAUUGGUGCAGAAUUUGGCCAAGAGAUGGAGCCAAGUAAACGUAAAUCCACCACUGAAACUCCGCAGAAGAAGUCAUCUGUCGCAGAGGGCUUUGGUAUCACCAAAUAUUCUCACGCUAUGCACACAAGCAAGGCCCUGACAUUCCUGCUCCUGCAUCCUCCUAGUCCCCGACUACCUGCCUUCACCCCCAUACGACGUGCUGCCAUAGAUCUGAUUGGUCGAGGCUUCACUGUAUGGGAACCAUAUUUGGAUGUGUCUGCAGUUCUUCUUGGCCUCCUAGAGCUGUGUAUAGAUGGCGACCACUUGGUCCCCAGCAUGACAUUUGGACUUCCCCUCAGCCCCCAGGCAGAUGCAUGUAGAACUGCACGUCAUGCCCUCUCCCUCAUAGCAACUGCAAGGCCCCCAGCAUUCAUAAUCACCAUGGCAAAAGAGGUCGCAAGGCAUAAUGCUUUAGUCCAGAAUGCCCAGUCACAACAUGUACAAACCAACUCAGUUUUAGUGAGGGCCAAAUCUGAAAUACUCAGAGUAAUCGAACUUCUGGUGGACAAGAUUCCCAACGAUGUUGUUGAUCUUCUUGUUGAGGUAAUGGAUGUGUCCGUUCACAGUAUGGACCACAAUCAGAUCAAACAGAAGGGACUCCAGGAAGUCUUCCCACAAAUAUGCAGGUUCAGCAUGGUAAGCUAUUGUGCAUCUAACAGGAGAAUAUGUGUUGGAGCUAAGAAUGGCGGACUUGCUUUCUAUGACUUAAAACAAUCCAAGUGCCAGGUAUUGGUUGGCCAUGGGGGUGCAGUUACUGCUCUUUGCUUUUCUCCCGAGGGCAAAUAUCUGACGUCAUACUCUCAUGCUGAUGGCAAACUUUGUGUUUGGCAGACUGCAUCAACAUCACUGUUCAAUAUAGGCUCCCAGCAGACUAAGUGUGUCAAGACAUUCAAUGCACCACCACUUGAAGCUGGCUCCUCCAUAAACAUUCUCAAACUGGCACGUCUCGUUUGGAUAGAUAAUAGAACAUUUGUCCUACUUUACGCCAAUGGGUCAGAGAGCAAAUAUAAAGUAUAGCAGAGUGAAUAUACUGUACAUAAACAGUGUAUGGUAAACCUGACUGAUGAAGAAACAACGAACACUGGUUAUAGCUUCUCAUAUUUUGGUUUGACGAUAAAUGGAAUUUCAGAAAGUGAAUGUCAUUUUCCAAAGUUUAAUAGCUAUUUAGUAAGAGCAUCAUUUUGUCUGUCAGUGGAGUCUCUCAGGUAUUUAGUAAUGAAUGAGCAUAUUGGAAAUAUUACAGUUGUCUGAUUCAUGCCAAGGUCAGGAAAUCCAAAAUAGCAGGCCAAAUGGGAAAAUUAUGAGAUAUCUCCAAUGUAUACCUUUACUUUAUGUAGAUAGAUUGAAGGUAUAUAAGAGUAGAUCACAAAUAUUACUCUUUACAUGUAUCUGUAACAUCUUUCUGAUUCUUGAAAAACAAUUGUUUUAUCUUCAACAUAUUUCCAAUGAAUGUUUAGAAAAUAGGUGAGGUUGAAGAUAGCAUAUAAGUUAUAUAUAUUGUUAUAUUAUGCAUAUAGAUACACCAAAGAUAAUUGUUAUUGAGGAUUGUAGUUCUUAUAAUGCUAUCACAUUCUCACAUAAUUCCAUCACAUUCUCACAAAAUGCUAUCACAUUCU